CCGCCAGUGCCCGCAGCCCGCAGCCAUGGCACCCCGGAUCAGACUGAGCCUUUCAAAGCCUCUCCCAACCAUACGGGAAACCCACGAGGAAGCAAUGGAGGAUCCAAGCAGCAACCCAAAGCGUGCUGGAAGUGCUGCAGCCAGCCCAGACUCGUACUCCAGUGAUGACUACAUCCAAUCCAUCUGCCACCUUGCCAGACCCACCUUCCCAGCCCUUCUCGAAAGCAGACGUAAGGGUAAGGACAGAAAGACCCUGAAGACCCUUGAAGAUGUGUCAGGUUCUCCACUGCUUGUGGGGACACAGCAGGAAAGGUCAAAAUGUAAAUUGACCAAUUUCAUCUCCAAUGUGGUGCCACUGGGAAAAGUCCCACCUGGAGAAACAGACUUUUGGUCCAGAGAGGACCCCCUGGAACAAAUUUACACCAAUGCAGGAAAUCUUUGCUCCCCCAAGGCUUCUUCCUAUGGUGAAAGUGCCAGCACUGGUUACUCUCAGUGCAAUUCUUCUGUCCCAAAUGGUGACCUUCAUCCCACAAAUCUGGAAGAAAAAACCACAGUGAAAAACAGUUUUCCACGAGUGUUCAGUUUUCCAAGGCUUCCCUCCCCAAGACCAGUUCAGAAAGAAGCAGUAUGCUCAGAGCUGAGGUGUCUCAGAAGGGAUGAGGGAACAGUUUUAGGAAAUAACCACAGUCAGAAAGAAAAUGGCCUCAUGUCCAUUCGCAGUGAAGAGCCAUUGGCACCCUCAGUCAGAGGGAAGGUGGUAGGAAACCCAGCUCUGCCCUGCUCUGGCAGGCAGAAUUUAUUCAAUACAGCAAGCAUAGAUGAAAAAGAAGGAAGAGAAACUUCUCACUGUGACAAAAAUGUCACGGGUGGUGUUCCCACUAAGCAGAGAUACUUUGAGUCUUUCCAGGUACCUAAAAAAGCCACUAUCCAUAACUGGAUUUCAGAGCACAGAUGCAUCUGGAAAGAAGCAAAGAUAAAAGCUUGUUUGCUCCCAGCCAUUGCUGAAGUGUGAAGAAGUAGCUGCUUAGAAUAAUUUUAUUCACAAGAUAAAAUCACCCUGUGCUCUAGUGGCUCUCCCUAGAGUCCUCACACAGAAAACAAGGCUUGAACAUGCAUGUGAGUCAGGCAGACUCUUGUGAUCCAUCAUAUCCUUCAUCUGUGGGCAAAGGGACAAUUCAGAGUCUCAUCUGCUAAGGAAACAGCAAUCAGUUUUCAUUUUGGAAAGGCAACAGUUCAUAAAGCAUCUCCUCCCACCUACUGCCUAGAACUUCCCUGAGCACGAAGAAAAGAUGGAGAGAGCUGGAGAGAACACAAAUCCCAUCUGUGCUGGAGAAGAAGUGGGAACAUUGAAAUACCAGUGCUUUCCAGCCAAUGCCAAGCAGCCAGAUGUUGCUGUACAACACUCGGGUACAGUUAUUCAGAAAGGAACCCUUUGCCCAAGGCUUGGACAGUACGAAAUGCACUCCUCUGACACACACAUUUACUGGGAGAGCCAUCAUAGAUCCCUGCCUCAGCACCAGGACCCACUGGAGAGGUCAUCCAUUAGAGCAAUAGCAUAAAGAAUUAUUUCUUUAAAAUCAUAAAAAGUCUGUUAUGAGGAUUUGCUGCAGGGCAACAUGGAGAAUAUUACAGCUCGUUGGGCGGGGAUUUUCCUGGUGCUUGCCCUGGCACAACCCUGCUCCCUUUUCUCCUGGACUUAUCCCUGGCAGGAGGGGAGCUGGGAGCUCUGGUGGGCAUUGCUGUGCCAGUGCUGUGGCUGUUGUGGAGCCUGCUGUAAAGAAACAGGCAUCAUGUUGGACUCUGCACUGUCACAGCCAGGCUGCACCCCAUGGGCACCCAUGGGAUUUGCUGCUCAGUUGUGGGAGCCCCAUGAGCCCACACAGAGCUCUGCAGGCUCAGAAGAGCAGCCUUGGCUGAGGGGCAGCCUAGGGAUGCUGGGCUGAAUGUAAAAUAAUAACUUGUGUUUCCCUUCAUAGCUGUGCUUCUGUAUUCUCACCUACCUGACCAUGCUGAUGAUGUUGACUGAGCUUUUCUUUGCGCUGUGAGACUGAAACAUGGAAAAAACAAAUGUGCAUGUUCCAACCAUCCAGCAGACAGCAUAUACAAACAAUUAAUGUUGAUGGUAAUGCUACAUGGGAUGUCUGUAGGACAAGAAACAUUUCCAAAAGGCUGGGAAGUCCUGGCACGGGGUAGUGGGCACAUGCCCAGGCCAUCUCUCACUGCCACACAGAGAUUUCUCCAUCAGAGAAGCUGCCUUUGACAUUUUCUCCUGCAGUCAGAGAAACCUCACCCACCUGUGUCUGCUGCCUGUUCUGGCUGUCUCUGUAGCCAGUCAGGAGAUGUAGCUGAGAAAACUGCAAAGCAAUACAAGCCUAAUUAUUACUAACACCAGGAAUAAAUGUUUUGGCACAGUGGAGAGCAGAGGGACCAGGCUGUUUGCUCAACAGCAGCUAAGAUGAGAAACAGCAUUAGAAAGCUGCAAUUAUAAAAAUGCUCACAAGUGAUUUCCAAACCACCCUCAAGCAGAUUAAAUGAAAAAGCAACUUCUACUCAGUACCAACAUGAGAGUAAAUAUGCUCAAAGAUCAAAAGGUGAGAGUGUUUGAGCUUCUCAUCCUCACAUCUCUUACCUCAAAUAUUUUUUUUCUCCUGUUGAAACUCAUUAGUGCUACGGAGCUGAGCUGGGUCUCAGCUCUGUUUUUGAGCUAACCACACAGCAAGAACAGAAAUGAAGGUGGCUCCAGCAUUCAUUAAAGCUGAUGGAGAAAGUUGAACCCAGGAGGUCCCAGCCUGCUCUGCCUCCACCACACCUGUCCCUCCCUUCUCAGGUAAAUGCAGGGUUUAAGAGAUGCUUGUCCUCAUUGCUCUGCUGUCAUUUAAAUUUCUCUCCAUGUGAAUAUUUAUGACUCUAAUGCCUAACAAGUCUUGUGCCAACUGCAUGUAUCACUGCUUUCGACAGAGGAAACAAAUAAAAUCCUUCCAUCCA